AUGGAAUAGGACAGUGUUUCUAUUUUAUGUGAGUAAAAGGAGAGAAAAAUAAAAGUAAUCUUGAUUGGAGAUCAAUCUGUAGGUAAAAGUAAAUUAAUGGAAUGCCUGCUGAAUAUUGAAUCUAAAGUUAACGAUAAAUAAAUUUAAUCUGUAGAUUUCUUUAUUUCACGAAUAUUACUACCAAAUAAGAUUACUUAAAAGAUUCAUGUUUGGAUUACUUCUGGGGAAAUAAAGAAUAUGUUUUUAUAUUUAUCGAUGUUUAGUGCCAUGAUUAGAGCAUUCCUUCUUCAGAGCAACAUUUACAUUAUUGCAUUCUCUCUAAACAACAUGGUGACUCUAGAAAAUGCCUUGAAUACUUGGUUUUAGUUAUGUGUGAAGAAUGCCAAAUAAACAAAUGCAUAUUACUAUUUCUUAGGAACCAUGGGAGAUUUGGAGAGGAAAUGUCCCAAAUACAAUCAGAUAAUUGAUUAGAUCAAUGAGAAAUGCUCAGAAUACAAGGUAGCUGUCUUUGGAUCGAAAAAUGCUCAUCCGAUAAAAGGAAUUCGUUAAUCUGAAAAAUGGAAUGACGAUCAUAUCAUCGAGUUUGCAACUAAACGACUUCCCCAGAAUGUCUAUUAUUCUGAAUGCUCAGCAACAGAAAACUUGGGAAUGGAUCGAAGUAUGAGUAUAUUUACCAAAUUGAUAAUGUCUGCAAUGGAUAUUUAGGAUAAAGCGAAUGGGAUAGUUAAGGUUACAGAAUAGCCUACAUCUUAAUAACCUUAAUUACAGUCUACUUAAGAUAAAAGACCUUCUGCUAAACUGGAAAUUCAAUAACAACCCUAAGAACAACAAGAAAAAAUGUGUUGCAACAUAUUUUGA